AUAGAGGGCGAAAAAAGAAAGGAUGACGACCUGGGUCAGAAGGAAAUGUUGGUGAUGGUGAAGGAAGGAUGUGCAGUGAAGGAGGGAUCAGCGAAGGUGAAGAUGGAGGAGAGAGGUCACUGGGGCAGCAAGACAGAAUUUCUUCUGGCCGUAGCAGGGAACGUGGUGGGACUAGGUAACGUGUGGAGGUUCCCCUACCUCUGCUACAAAAAUGGUGGAGGGGCGUUCCUGGUGCCGUACCUGGUGUUUGUGAUUACCUGCGGGGUGCCCUUGUUCCUGCUGGAGACGGCCAUGGGACAGUACACUCAGGAGGGGGGCAUCACCUGCUGGAAGAGGCUGUGCCCACUGGCCGAGGGUAUCGGCUAUGCAGGGCAGUUGAUCCUCCUCUACACCAGUAUGUGUUACAUCAUCAUUUUGGCCUGGGCUCUGUUCUACCUGUUCUUCUCCUUCAGCGCUCAGCUCCCCUGGGCCAGCUGCACCAACCCCUGGAACACUGAUGACUGUGUUGACUUCUCCUCUCAAAACCGUACUUUCAAUUGGACUGGACAGAUGAACUCAACCUCUGCAGCCACUGAAUUCUGGGAGCGUCGUGUGCUGUCCAUCUCGGGGGGUAUAGAGGAGGUGGGCAGUGUCAGGUGGGAGGUGCUGCUCUGUCUCAUCGUCAUGUGGGUCAUCUGCUACUUCUGCAUCUGGAAAGGGGUCAAGUCAACAGGCAAGGUUGUAUAUUUCACUGCUACCUUCCCCUACGUGAUGCUGCUGGUACUACUGAUCAGAGGCCUGACUCUGCCAGGGGCCCUGCAGGGGGUCCUGUUCUACCUCUACCCUGAACCAGACCGGCUCUCUGACCCCCAGGUGUGGAUGGAGGCUGGCUCCCAGAUCUUCUUCUCCUACAGUGUGGGAGUGGGCUCCUUAAACGUGCUGGGCUCCUACAAUACCUACAACAACAACUGCUACAAAGACUGCCUGUGGCUGUGCUUGCUGAACAGCAUCACCAGCGUGGUUGCUGGGUUCGCAGUCUUCUCAGUCCUGGGGUUCAUGGCUCAUGAACAGGGCGUCCCCAUUGAGGAGGUGGCGGAGUCAGGUCCUGGGCUGGCAUUCAUAGCGUACCCCCAGGCAGUAGCUAUGAUGCCCCUGCCUCAGAUGUGGGCUGCUUGUUUCUUCAUCAUGAUCAUUCUACUGGGUCUGGAUACACAGUUUGUUUCCAUGGAGGUGGUGAUGACGUCAGUAUCAGACCUGUUUCCCACGGUGCUGCGGAGGACUGGGCGCAGGGAGCUCUUCCUCCUCUUCUUCUGUCUCACCUGCUUCUUCUUCCAACUCAUCAUGGUCACAGAGGGUGGGAUGUAUGUGUUCCAGCUGUUUGACUACUACGCCUGUAACGGAACCUGUUUGCUCUUCCUCUCUGUGUUCGAGUCCCUGGCCAUGGGAUGGAUAUUUGGUGCAGAGCGUAUGUGUGGUGUAAUAGAGGACAUGACAGGGAUGAGGCCUAACCCCAUCUUCAAGCUCUGCUGGCUCUACCUGACCCCUCUGGUUUCCCUGGUGUCGUUCAUCUGCUCUCUGGUGGAGUACCAGCCCCUGACCUUCAACCGCUGGUAUGUGUACCCAGGAUGGGUGUAUAUUUUGGGCUGGCUGUUGGCCCUCUCCUCCAUCGUCCUGGUCCCCGGGUGGGCCCUGCUGCAGAUCUGCACCGGGACAGGCAGCCUUAGAGAGCGUUUCCUCCACUUGUGUCGGCCAGACAAUGACCUCCCGUUGACCCGGAAGAGAAAAGCUGUCCUCUGGAGCAGAGAUGGAGGUACACUCAUGACUGCAGCAGGGGAAAGCACAGACAACUGA